GCGCCGGGGUUCGCGCGCGCCAAAUCGAUCAACUCCCGUGCCCUCCGUCCGCCUCAAAUCGAUCGAAUCGCCCGAGCUUCCUAUUUAAGCACCGCCGCAGCCAUCGCUUUCCACCUCCUCACUUCAACUCGCACCGUUCCUGUAAAUCGGUCGAUCCCGUUACGUCCGUCGCCCGUCGAGUAUACCCCAGGGACUCCGUGCAUUGGCCCUGUACCUGAAGCCAUAUUUCGAGCAAUGGCGCGCAGCAGAGCCUUGUUGUAUCACUUGGCCGUCGUUGUCGCGGCUUGCCUCGCGGCGGCGACGCCCGGAGGCGCUGCCGACUGGAUGAGCGGCUCCGCGACCUUCUACGGCGGGAGCGACGCCUCCGGCACCAUGGGCGGGGCGUGCGGGUACGGGAACCUGUACUCGACGGGGUACGGGACGAACACGGCGGCGAUGAGCACGGCGCUGUUCAACGACGGGGCGGCGUGCGGGGAGUGCUACCAGGUGCAGUGCGACAGCCAGAACUCGCAGUGGUGCAACAAGGGCGCCACGGUGACCAUCACGGCCACCAACCUCUGCCCGCCCGACUACUCCAAGCCCAGCAACAACGGCGGCUGGUGCAACCCGCCCCGGAGGCACCUCGACAUGGCCCAGCCCGCCUGGGAGAAGAUCGGCGUCUACCGCGCCGGCAUCGUGCCCGUCAUGUUCCGCCGGGUGCCCUGCUCCAGGACCGGCGGGGUCCGGUUCACCAUCAACGGGAACGACUACUUCGAGCUCGUGCUCAUCACCAACAUGGGCGGCGCCGGGUCCAUCUCGUCCGUGCAGAUCAAGGGGUCCAGGACCGGCUGGGUCACCAUGUCCAGGAACUGGGGCGCCAACUGGCAGUGCAACAACUACCUCAACGGCCAGUCCAUCUCCUUCACGGUCACCGCCACCGACGGCAAGAAGCAAGUCUUCCAGGACGUCGCGCCCGGCAACUGGAGGUUCGGCCAGACCUUCUCCAGCGCCGUCCAGUUCUACUAGCCACGCGUGCGCCUUAAAUUCAUCAGUCUACUCACCCCUUUUCUUUUCUCCUUUUCGCAUUUGGGGACUUGCAUAUGGCAAGGAGACCUUGAAAUUAGCUGCAUUCUGAUGGGAAACUACUACUAGUCGCCUGUUAGGUAGUAGGGGAACUAUAUGUCUACUGGCUAGGCGUACACGCACGGUGGUUUGCAUGGCUGAGGUGGGUUCAUGGGUUCGCCAAUCGCCAUGCCGCCUGGCCGGCCUCAUCAGUUAAUUACCCGCCGUGCCUGCCGCCUUGCGAUAUGAGAUGUUUGCUCAGUAUGAGACCAUGGAAAUUGUUCCAAGAACUAUUCAUAUUUGAUGUGUGGUUUUAA